CCCACCGGACACAUGAGAUGGACACCCCAGUUUAUCAUGGACCUAUAAGCCGCACUAAAUGCGAGGAGCUACUUGCCAAGAAGAGCAAAGAUGGGAGCUACCUGAUUAGAGACAGCGAGACCAUCCAAGGAGCUCUGUGCCUGUGUGUGUUCAAACAGCGGAUAGUCUACACCUAUAGGAUAUUACAGACCCAUCAUGGACAUUACACAUUACAGACUAGUCAAGGUGUUGAGGAAAGGUUUUUCAAAACUCUGCAUGAGCUGGUCACACACUACAAGAGGAAGAACCAAGGCUUGGCCAUUCACCUGAAGCAUGGCGUUAAGCGGAAAGUGCUGCCGCCAGACCCUCACAUCGCUGAUGAGAGUGCCGACUAUGAAAAUGUUGGAGACACGUCUGAAUAUGUGGAGGUUCUUCCAUCGUGAUUCAACAAAUGGAGGGAAUGGAUUGAAUGG